CUCAAAAAUUUACAAGGGAUUGAUGAUACUUUGUUGAGCCAUGACCGUUGACCCUCACAAGAAAUUAGUGUUUUUACCGUACAGUCUGAAACUGACACUGCAAAAAAGCUGACAAAACCAAGAUUUUUCAGUUCAAAGAAUCUCUGUCUGUCUCUCUCUCUCUCUCUCCAUCCUUAUACGUAUGGAUAUAUGUAUAUCUACAUGCAUAAAAGCUUGUUCUGUUUUAUCCUCUUAAACCACAUUUCCUUGGAAGCCGCCAAGGCGAGGAAGAAACAGCUUCUUGUUCCUGCAAAAGCCAAGGAAGAAUCAAGGAUAUACUGAAACAACAGAGAGAGAUCUCUGAACCCAGCGGAGAGAAAUGUUGAGGAACGAGUUCAAGCCCUUGAAGACAUAUGUUCUCAAGGCAAACAUCAAAUGCUGCCAAGGUUGCAAGCGGAAAGUGAAGAAGACGCUAAGUAAAGUUGAAGGUGUGUACUCGGUUGAUAUAGACACCGAGCAGCAAAUGGUGAUAGUUGUAGGGAACUUAGAUCCUGAAAUUCUCAUUAAGAAGUUGUUAAAAUCAGGCAAGCAUGCCCAGCUCUUGUUUAUGAGCCCGCACCAAAUGAACAAACUUGAACAAGCUGAGUUCAAUAACGAUAACAGAAGCUGGAGGAACAUGCAGUAUAUAAGCAGCAACAUCAAUGUCUCGGAUGAUGAAAGGCACAUUCUCAAUCAAAACAGAGAAGAAGCAUUGCCCGGAGCGGAAUCAAUGAUGGUCAAUGCAGAUAACUUUCAGAUGAACAACCCUGUGGCUAAAUCUGAAAACUUUCACAACCCAUUCCAAGAAAUGCCGGUACACAAGUAUCAACAGGUACCCUUGAAUUUAAGGAACAUGCCGCUUGGGUAUUCUAAUGAGUACCCUUCAAGAGAAACAAUGAACAUGUUCAUGGAAGGCAGGACAGAUAAUACUAUGAUGACAAUGGAUGGGAGAGGUUUCCAUGUGCAUGGAGGUCACAUGAUGAAUGAUCAAUUCAGCUACAUGCCACAUCAAUGCUACUACUGAUCAUGGUGCUUAGUGUUUCCAUUUAAUAUAUCUAAUACAUGUUAUUAGACUAAUUGCUUUCACCAUGCAGAUGAGGAGUGUGAAGGAAAAAAAAAAGGGAAGACAAAGGAAAAUGUUAUCGUCUCAUAGAUUUAUGUAACUCAGUCAGUUAAAAUCUUGCAUCGGUUUUCACUUCUAUGGCUUUUGCAAUGUUUUCAAACUUGAUUAUAUAAUUCUUAUUUUCUAUGCUUACUAAGUAUGAGAAAAAAAAACUUUUAUUUAUUAUGCAAUCACCUCUACAUUGUGUGUUAGGCUGUUAGCUACAUAUACUGUUCAACACUUGCGGUGCCAUUUCCAUGAAAUAAGCAGAACAACAGUAACAUUUGUAAGAAAACACAAGUAGUAGCAUAAACAUAUAUACACAAGCAUGCAUGCCGGUGCAUCCUCCAACCAUGCCAAAGGAGAUCAGG